AUGCCGGCGAGGAAUCCGAGAAAGGCGAAGGCGCAGCCGAAAAGCCCGACACGUGGUGUGCGAAGCAAAAGGCAACGCCGCGUGCUGUGCCCUUCGGAGACCUCUGAGAUUGGCGAUCAGGGCAAUAAUCGAGAUGCCCUUCAAAAUCAAACCCAAAGUAUUGAUUCGGAUACAAAUGAAGCAACCCGAUCUCUUAAUUGGGCUGUGAUAGUAGCAAGUGUUGCUGAACAGCCAUAUCCUUCCCAAAUACAACAAUACAAAGAAUGGAGAAGUGCGUACCGUUCUCUUUCGAAGAAAUCUCAACGCAUGCCCUUGAAAACUAAACCGCAUAUAGGAGCUGGUUCAAAGCGCGAGGACUACUGCUGCAUCUGUCAUGAGUCUGAGCAUCUCGAGAAUUGUCAUACCUGCAAACUCGCAUUCCAUCGCGAGUGCUUACCCGCCGGCUGCGCACGUAAUUCCUAUGACCACCUUUUUUGUUUGAUAUGCGUCCGUCGAGGCUGGGACAAAGCACCUCCAGUGCUUACCCCACCUGCUUCUCCUCAGCCUGCCCCCGUCCAAGUUCAUGAUCCCCCAAGCCAUGCAUCCACGGGCACCAACGCGAAUUCUGCGACGAUUCCUCAUCUACUAGAUCCUGCACAAAAUCUAGAACUGCAACAAGAGGGACUUCAGACCCAAUCCACUUUAGGAGAAUACGAGCCUAGCGCAUUUGAUCAAAAUACAAGCGACGAUGUGACAUAUCCGGGGCCUGCUGUUCAGACCGGUUCGGAGAGCCUCCAAUCCGCUCGGCAUAAACGAAAAUUGCGGUAUAGCACGCUGCCCCACGAGGUGGAUGAAUCGCCUACUAUCCAGACUGCUACAGACAGCCCUCAAGGCAAUCGAGGCGGGCGUAAAUCGCGGUAUAGCACACUGCCCAGUAAUGUGGAUGCAUCACUUUCUGUGAUAUAUCGGGAACUCGAAUCAAUCGCGAUGCUCCGAGCAGAGAUCCAGGAGCUGCGUACUCAAAACACUCAAUACGCCCAAACCAUCAAAAUUCAGGAACAAACCCAAGUAGCUCUAAGGAGAGAUCUGGGCAUAUUGCGAGAGAAUGCCACCAACUCUGAAAGUACCACCAAGGAAAUAAGUGAGCUUCGAGAAAGAAAUGCAGCUCUAGAGGCCGAAUUGCUGGUUUCAAAAGAGCAAACAGCUGCAGCAAAGGAACUAAAGGAAAGACUCGCGCAUUUGCUCAACACCUAA